AUGGUCUUAAGUAAUCAACGCCCAAGUCAGUUAUUCAACGCUAUGCGGUGCAUCGCGGGAAACUCCUUUUCAGAGGAAACGCGACGUGCUAUGUGGAUAGAGCGCCUACCCGAAAUGGUUCGAGCGUCCAUUAUUGCGCGUGAAGGUCCGAUCGAUGUUCUUAUUGUGGUCGCAGACGCUGUAAUGGAGACGCUCACCCAGCGCCAAAUUUGUGGUGUGACGAAAGAGGUUUCAUCCAACAUACUGGAAAAAGAUUCACAAGCAGCAAUCACACAGCUAGCGAACACAAUUCUCGAGUUACAGCAAAAAAUCGACAACCUGAGCACACGGCAGCGUAGCCGUUCACGAAUAAACUACAGACGUGCGCGUUCACGUAGUCGUCAAAACACUCUAAGGUCAAAGCCUACUGGCGGUAAUGAGUGUUGGUACCACCAAACCUUUGGCGAUGCUGCAACUCGCUGCCGUAGCCCAUGCAGCCACCGACAACGCGACGUAGGCAACAGUGUUUCCAACCAGCACGAUUGA